AUGACACAAGGCUGCAAAAACCUGAAACAGGAAGGCAGGUCUAUGUGUAAGGCUGAUCCACGUGGUUUAUAUAUCUUCAUGAUUGAAGAACCAACCAGUAUUGAUGACCCUGGAAACGAUCAGGAAGAAAUGAUGCCUGAAGCUGAGAUUGCAAAGUCCGUGGAACAUCUGGGUAGAAAUCAGGCGCUCAUGGCAGACUACGUAGACUCUGGCUAUGAGAGGGGGAACCUGAACCCCAGCUGUCUUCAUAAGGAGGAUCACCACGUCGCCACCCACACGCUGACCAACGCGGUGCCACUCUCCCCUCCCUUCCAGGAGCUUUGGCACUGGGAAGUUGAGCAGCUUGUCAGCCACAGUUUGGCUCCUCACUGUCAAAAUGGGAAAGACCUCCAUCUCCUCUCCGGAGCCAUGCCUUCCUCUGUCAAAGUAAAGGACAAAAUCGCGGUCCCCAAAAAUGUUUGGCUGGCAGCUUGCUGUGACAACGGUGCCGAGACCUGGUCGUUGGGAUUUAUCAAAGAGGCCGAUGUUGAGAGUCGUCUGGAGGACCUAACGGUAGAAGCCCUUGAGAAGAAGCUUCCUGCUGGAGCUCAGCUCUUUAAGGACCACUGUGGUCAAGACAGGCGGAAUCCUAAGAAGCUGGAGUCAGUGUUGCACUCGGUGAAGGAGAUUCGGGGGAAGAAACCACAAGCACAUGUGAAAAAGCCCACUCAAUGUAAGCAUACUCAGACCGACAAGGAGGAGGGUGGCUUUCUGAAGAACCUUUGUCAUUUCAUUGUUACCCCCAUCUGGAAAAUGGUUAAAUUUGUUUGCUACCUGAUUUGCCAACUUGUGAAAGGUGUGUGGUGUUUGCUGAAGUGCAUUGUCCAGAAGAUUUUCAGUGGAGUGUGCACCUUCAUCAAGGGGAUAACCAUCGCCCUUCUGGAUAUCUUUAUCUGCCUGGCUCGAGUUGGGGUCAGCAUCUUGAAUGGUAUUGCAAAAAACAUCUACAAUGUUCUCAUGGUGACCUACAGGAUUCUUAGCGUCCCCGUUAAUCUGAUCCUGGAUAUUGUGUCUUUCCCUUUUUACACCCUGGGUGCCAUUCCUGGUGUGCUCAAAGAUAUUGCUUCAGGCAUUGGAGGCGCAUUCAUAUUGGUCAUCAAUGCUAUCACAAGUUUGGUGAAGGGCCUAAACCACGUUGUGUCUGUCAUAGCUAGCAAGAUUCUUCCCACGUCUGUUUUUUAAGACUUGACUCCAGAGAUUAUCUUCCAAAGCAAUACUUGUCCUCUCUAUUGCUUAUCUUCAGCUAUUCUUAUACGUAUUUAUUGUGGUGACAUUUCCAGUGAUGAACCUAUGUUCUGGUAACAUGGGUGAGCUACGUAAACCUGAAAUGGGAAUUUAAUGGCAAAUUAAAAUUGCACUUAUUGUAAAACGUCGAACUUGUGGAGCUGUUGAAUUUAUUGGCUUCCUAGCUUCUUUUGUCCAGCCUUUUGGGGGAAAAAACA